CGCCAUUUCAUCUUCUCUCUCCCGGUACGUUCUAUCCGUCUAUCCUAUUUGUCGGCUUUUUUUUCUGUCACUUAGCACUUGGUCCUUCAUGUCUUGUGUUCGCCCCCCCCCCCUCAUCUAAACACCCCUGUUUGAAGUUGGCUCCCAGUUCACCUCGUGUUUUUCUGCUUACGUCGUCGGUUUAGGCUACCUCCUUCCGAACCUUUUCGCCAUCUGUAUUGCCGGCCUGAGCCGCCCCUCGCGAGCAGAAAUCCGGCCCUCAACGAUCGAUAAACCACCGUGGCUGUUAGCCUAUUCUGCACGACGACCUGAUUUUGAAAUUCCCCAAAUUCUGAAACCCGUUGGGCUCUUCUCCAGCCAUGUCUGAGUCAACCGGCGCCAAUACCGCGAAACCGAGCAGCAGCGUCAAGCUGGUACUUUUGGGAGAAGCGGCGGUUGGAAAGUCGUCAUUGGUGCUGCGAUUUGUCAACAAUGACUUUCAAGAGAACAAGGAGCCAACAAUUGGAGCGGCCUUUCUGACCCAAAAAUGCUCCCUUCCGACGCGGACGAUCAAAUUCGAGAUCUGGGAUACCGCUGGUCAGGAGCGGUUCGCCUCGCUUGCGCCCAUGUACUACCGUAACGCCCAGGCGGCUUUGGUGGUUUACGAUGUCACCAAGCCGUCCUCACUCACCAAGGCUAAGCACUGGGUGGCGGAGCUUCAACGACAGGCUAGCCCCGGCAUUGUCAUCGCCCUCGUCGGCAACAAGCUGGACUUGACAAAUGACGCGAACGAGGCGGCUGGCGAGGCGCAGGCCGAGGGGGAACACGAGCCAUCCCCCGCCGACGGGGACGAAGCCACCGAGGAAACCCAGGAGGAACCAGAUGUCUCGAACGGAGACGCUCGAAAGGUGCCGACCCGGGAGGCUAGCGCCUACGCGGAGGACGAAGGCCUAUUGUUCUUCGAAACCAGUGCCAAGACCGGUCACAACGUGGUCGAUGUCUUCACUGCCAUCGCCAAUGCGAUCCCGGAGAGCAGCUUAAAGAGCGGCCGCGGUGCCGGCGCCGGCACUGGACAGACCAGCCUGAGCGGUGGUCGCCCGGCCGAGGACUCGCGGGUCAACCUGGGAGAGCGCGGCGCGGCGACGGCCAAGGAAGGGUGUGCAUGCUGA